ACUCGGGGAACAUGCACGGGGACGAUGGGCCAUGGGACUCCUGAUACUAUGAACUGGGCUGGACUACUGCAGAAUCUGCUGCUUGUGGUCCACGUCGGGCAGAUUUUAUGUGGUCCCGCUCUGUUUUCUGUCCGGGAAGAACUGGAGCCUGGUGUUCUGGUUGGAUCACUUAGUAAACACUUUCCGCCUCCUUACCAGCUCCUGACCCAGGAGUAUCUGUGGAUGGACGAAAACACAGGGUAUUUCUACACUACUGAGCAAAGGAUGGAUCGCGAGGCCUUCUGCCCCAAGGAAACAAAAGCGGAGGAAUGCAUUAUUCUGCUCAAUGCCGUUGUGGGGCCCUCAGGAGACCUCAUACAGUUUCCUGUGAUCAUAGAGGACAUCAAUGACAAUGCGCCCCAUUUUGAAAACAGAGAGAUUCACCUGAGGGUGUCUGAGGAUGUGGCUGUGGGGACCAGCUUUUUAUUAGACGACCAGGCUCAGGACAGGGAUGCAGGUCAUAAUGGAGAGUUGCAGUAUCAACUAAAAGGUUCUGCUGAAGUUUUCAGUUUAAAAGUUGACGAGGAGAGUCUUUUAAUUACGCUAGUGGUGAAAACUGCUCUGGACAGGGAAACUCGGGACCGGUAUCACAUGGAGCUGGUGGCCACUGACGGUGGUACUGACCCCUUAAGUGCAACAGCGACUUUAAUAAUCACAGUGACAGACGUCGAUGACAACUGUCCCAGCUUCAGCUCUGACAGUCCUCGCAACGUCACCAUCCCGGGAGACUCCCCGAAGAAUAUGGUGGUCGCUCAAGUCAGGGCCGUAGACCUAGAUACAGGCCCAAACGCUGCCAUCGUUUACUCCCUCAGUCCCAAAGUCUCCGAGCGGGCCAAGAAGCUCUUUAGCCUCGACAGCCUCACUGGGCACAUCAGACUAACACAAGACCUCCAGAGUGACAACUCCGAGGAGCUGGUGUUGAAAGUGUUAGCUAGCAGCCACCACUGCCCCCCAGCAGACACUCAGGUAACCGUAUCCAUGCUCCCCAAGGCGAACCAAGAGCUGACGAUCAAGAUCAGGUUCAUAGUCGAGCAUCAAAACCAGACUGUGGUGUUACCAGAGAACCAGCCCCCCACCGUCUUAGCUGUUUUAGAGCUUGAGGGUGACAGCAGCUUUAAAGACUCCUCUCUUGCCAUUGAGGGUGAAGUGCCUUUCACUUUGAGCCCGCAGAAUGGCAAAUAUCUGCUUUCCACAUCAAAGGCCCUCGACUAUGAGAUGAAAAGUGAACAUAAUAUUACCGUACUAGUGAAUGGGAAAACAGCCGAAGAAUCUGUGAUCACUCCUUCAAGGCACGUGAUCAGGGUGGAGGUGGAAGACAUCAAUGAUAAUGCACCGCAAUUCCCCCAGUCUGAAUACCGGCUGGAGGUGGACGAAAACAACCAGCCAGGACUGCCACUGUUCCAGGUCUCGGCUUCAGAUGCUGACAGUGGAUACAACGGCCGAGUGACCUACAGCCUGGACAAAUACAUAUCUAGCAUUUUUAACAUUGACUCUGUGACAGGUCAGCUGUCUGUGUCAGCUCCUCUGGACAGGGAACAAGCUGGCGUACACAAGCUCACUGUGUUAGCUCGAGAUAGUGGCUCUCCUCCCUUGGAGUCCGUGGCCACAAUAUUCAUCCGUGUUCUGGACCGGAAUGACAAUGCGCCGGUUUUUUCAACCACUCACUUUAUCUUUUUCAUCCCAGAGAAUGUACCACCAUUUGCCCAGGUGGGCAGGGUAGAGGUGAAAGACCCAGAUGAAGGGGAGAACGGGAACACAGAAUUGCAUGUUGUAAACAGCAGUGGACCUUUUGUUGUGGAUAACGCUCAGGGGAUGCUACGCACCACCACCAACUUGGACCGGGAGACAGAAGACCGCUAUGAACUCUACCUGCUGGCCAGGGAUCACGGGCAGCCGGUCGCUUUAACAUCCACUGCCAGAGUGACUAUCUUUGUGGAGGACAUCAAUGACAACCAGCCAAAAGUGAUCCUUCCCAGCAGUAACUCUUCAUGCGUGACCAUCUCUCCGGGUACCCUGGCAGGUACUCUGGUAACAAAGAUCUACGCCAUCGAUGAAGAUUCAGGACUGAAUUCAGAGAUGACAUACUCUAUUGUGACACCAAAGCCGUCGCAGUACAACAGUCCAUUUCACAUAGAUUCUAGGUCAGGAAACAUCACCUUAAAUCAGCAACUUCAGGGUAAAGACCUAGGAAUGCAUCAUUUGUUCAUCGUGGUCAGAGACGGGGGUAAGCCGGCUCCACUUUAUACCACCGUGUGGGUAAACCUGCUGGUCAAUGACAGCGCGGAGCCCUGCCACUUGGAUAGGGCGCCCACCUGGACAGGGACGCCAGUCGUAGUUCAAAGCCCCUCAAAAGCAUCCAUCUGCGAGGCGGAGACAACCAGAUCUGCACAAGUGACAAUGUUAAUAGGCUUAGGGAUGAUGCUGGUAUCCACGUGCAUUCUUGUCGGGACGGUCGUGUUUUACCUGAAACAGAGGAGAAGACGUCUGCAAGAGAAAAAGAAAAAAUACACAGAGGAGAAUGAGAUUCCACUCAGGCUCAAAGAUAAAUAUUACUCUGAUGAAUGACAGAAAAAAAGCAAGCAAGCAACGUGUAAUCUUAUUCACAGUUUCAUGGGUGAAUUCAAUAUGUUCAGAAUAUUUGUCAUAGGCUUCUCGCAUUUCAAUAAGUUCAUGAAUUAGUGUGAUACACGGCGCAUUCAAGAAAUAUUUCUGUGGAAAUAAAGUUCAUUUUCUGAUAACGAUCCCCGAGAUUCCUCUACGAGCAAAUAAAAUGAUCCGAUAUGUAAAGUGAGCAAAUACUCUGAGGGGAAAAACUCCAGAUGCAUAAUGUCAUCCAGGAAAUGUGCAUAGUGUAACCACUGCUCUAACAAUAUCACCGCAGCUCCCUGGUAAAACACCAGUAUAACAGUCAUUCUCCUUAAACAUUGGUAUCCGUGACCCCUGCAGGUACCAGUCCCCUCGGUGGACUGAGCCUUUCUCAGAUUUCUGACGCUGACUGACGGGGAGUCUAAAGUAUUUAGACACACAAAAAGGUUUAAUGUUCCUCUGGUGGGGAAGUGAUGAAGUUCUCUAAACUAGUCACUCUGAGACGGGCUCCGGAGACAGAGGGUGGCUGUGGACAGGUGAGAGGCGGCGGGGGGAAGGCACACCGGCAUCUCAAGUCACCGCCUCACUCCUGUUACUUGAUAAGCUUACCUCUCACCCACAGCACCGCUUUACGCCCAGGAAACCCGAACGUACAGCACCCAGCGAGCCGACAGGUGUGUUGUUUUGAUAGCAGAUGUUUGGAGAGAAAUCACACUGUGUUCAAACAAGUCUUUUACAAAAGGCUCUGGUGUUUUACUGAUCCAUUUAUUUGCCGGGAAACAAUUGAGAUAUCAAACCAGGUUAAACGAGGCAUAAAUUAUGAAUGAGCCCCAUUUAAGUUGGACUGAACAAAUCUCCGAACGCACGUUUGCCUAAAGAGGGCUCUUUAAUUGUUAUCGCUUUAAAAGAUCGGAAACGAUCGGUGGAAAAACAAAUCUUUGAAGUAAAAACUAUUAAGCGAUCCUUUCGAAAUGCACCUGUGUGAGAGGGGAGAAGCCAGGCCAAGACUCCCGGCCUGUAAAACACAGUGUACAACAACCUGGUUAGUGGAGAACAGGGCUUGUAUAACAUGAGGAGCGUCUCUCUGAGGGUUUCUGAGCUGCCAGCUCAAAAAUAAAUAAUCUGAUAUUGUUGUACUGUGAGACGAGCCAAAUUAAAUGAGAAGAAAUGAAGAGCAGCGAAACACAGUCAGACACAAGCAUCAAAUUUACAUGUGGAAUUGUUGACUUGACAGAUUUUACUGCAUUAGAAAAUAUACAACAUUCUGAAUUUGCAGUCAUGUUAUAGUUUUUUUCUUAAAAGAAUAUUUAAAAAUGACUGUGGUUGAAAUAUUACACAAAAAUUCUACAACACUGUGAUUGCACUGUGAUGGCCAAGGUGUAGCCUGCUCCCACAUUCAGUCAGCUGCAAUCGGCCCCAUUGCUCUGCGAUCCUAAGUGGGAUAAGAGCAGAUGGAUGGAUGGAUGGAUGGAAGUACCUGGGCUGAAAUUAUACCACCACACACACCACUGCACGAGCGAUGUUGCAGGGGAAAGUCUGCCAUCUACUGGUCGCCAGUCGAGCCAAGUCUGGCUCUUGAUUCCUGGUAUUUGGCCAGAGGGUGGGGAUGAAUCAGAGGACAGUCUCUCACUCCGCCACAGUCAGGUCGCCUGAGAUCAGGGAUGUUUCCCUGCUGCACGCUGCUCUGCUCCUCUCACAGCGCAUUUCAUUUACAUCACAGUCGUUUUUCUCUUGUUAAGCUGAACGUUUCAUAGUGGGUUAAGAGGUUGCGUGAGCUCACAUGGACAAAGAAUCGAGCUGGCAUCGACCCAAAUACCCAGUGGAUUAUUUGUCAGCUAUACACGGGAGUUUUUUUUUUUUUUAUG